CUCAAAAAGCCUGUCUGUUCUUACGCGCCGUGGCAUUAAUUAAAUUUACAAUAAUAAUAAUAAUAAUAACUUUCACAUUUAUUUAUUUUAUUACACAUUUAUUUUCGUUUUCAAUUUAUUUUUUCUCAUCUUCUCCACACUUACUCCACUCUCCCUCUCUCAAUCAAAUCUCGGUGCCUCAGAUCUCUCUCUCUCUAGGGUUUACAAUUCUCAUCUCACAAUUGUGUUUAUUCCUAUUUUACUUUCCAUUUUCGAGGUGCAUGCUUUAUUUUGAAGUGUUUCCAGUUCUUUACAUGUUUCAGAUUUUUUUAAUGAAAUUUGGGUUCUUAGGGUUUGCUUUGUAGUGAAACUGUGAGUUUGUUUAGGGUUUUGAAUCACCUCGCUUGAGAGCUGAAAAGACCAGGCAUGGCAUUUUCAAGGUAUUUAGUUUUUAGGUUGUGAUUCUUAAUUUGUUGUUGGAGUGAAGGUGGUGGUUGUUGUUGGUUUUUACAUUUUUCGGUAAAACUUUUAGUUUGGUUGGUGGAGAAAGUCUGUUUCAUUUCUUCUUCUUCUUCUUUUUUGGACUAGAAGUCGGUGGAUUUGAUAAGAAAAUGGAAGUUUCAUUGCAAAAGAGCAGUCAUUGAGGCAGAGUUAAGAUAUUGUGUAAAGUUUCUAUCUUUGCUUAUGUUCUUUUUGGGGUGGAUGUUACGUUAUUUAUUCUAAAUGCUUAUUUUCUAGGCAAGUAUUAUUUAAUUGUAUGAAAAUGGGAAUGGAAGAAGAGGAUAGAAGUGUAAAGAUGAGGAUUUUGAAGGGUAAUUAUUGAUUCUAAAGGAGGAGGGCGUUUUUGGAGCUGGUUUAGGUGCAUAAUGGGUUGCCUUUGCUGUAAACCCUCUGCAAUUGAGGAUAGCAAAGAGAGUCCAAGGGAGAGGCUCUCCAGUAAGGCGUCGUCUGACUUGAGGGUAUCAAGGGCCACCUCUUCAAGGAGGGAGGAAGCAUAUAGAGCGAAAGAUCGAUGUGAUGGUAAUGAUGGUAGGACAAUGUUGAUUGAUAAGCAAGUGAAUGGAUCUCUUAGAGUGCAUGGGGGCGAGCACGUUGAGAGGAAGAGGGACAAGUCAGAGUAUGCUGUUGUUCACCACCCAGGGAUGGGCAGCAUACCGAAAGCUACUGAAGGGGAGCAGGUUGCAGCAGGGUGGCCUUCCUGGCUAGCUGCUGUAGCUGGAGAAGCAAUCAAAGGUUGGUUGCCACGGCGUGCAGAUUCAUUUGAGAAGCUAGAUAAGAUUGGCCAGGGAACCUACAGUAAUGUUUAUAGGGCCCGUGACCUUGAUCAAAAGAAGAUUGUUGCUUUGAAGAAAGUAAGAUUUGAUAACCUGGAACCUGAGAGCGUUCGCUUCAUGGCCAGGGAAAUUCACAUUUUGCGUAGGCUUGACCAUCCUAAUGUAAUAAAGUUAGAAGGUCUAGUUACAUCAAGGAUGUCUUGCAGCUUGUACCUUGUGUUUGAAUACAUGGAGCAUGAUUUGGCUGGGCUAGCCGCACACCCUGGUCUGAAGUUUACAGAAGCCCAGGUGAAAUGUUACAUGCAACAACUUUUACGAGGACUUGAUCACUGUCACAGCCGUGGUGUUCUGCACCGUGAUAUAAAGGGUUCCAACCUAUUAAUUGACAACAAUGGUAUCUUAAAAAUUGCAGACUUUGGACUAGCGAGUUUUUAUGAUCCUGCUCAUGUUCAGCCACUGACAAGUCGUGUUGUGACUCUUUGGUAUCGUCCUCCUGAGCUUCUACUUGGAGCUACCUACUAUGGGACUUCUGUUGAUUUGUGGAGUACAGGUUGCAUACUUGCUGAAUUGUAUGCAGGCAAGCCUAUUAUGCCUGGGAGAACUGAGGUGGAGCAGCUGCAUAAAAUUUUCAAGCUGUGUGGCUCACCUUCUGAAGAUUAUUGGAGAAAAUCAAAGUUGCCUCAUGCAACUAUCUUUAAGCCUCAGCAGCCUUAUAGACGCUGUGUUGCAGAUACAUUUAAGGAAUUCCCUCCUCCGGCAUUAGCUCUUAUGGAGACCCUGCUCUCCAUUGAUCCUGCAGAUCGUGGGUCUGCAGCUUCUGCACUGAGGAGUGAGUUCUUUAUAACCAAGCCGCUUCCAUGUGAUCCUUCAAGCUUUCCCAAGUAUCCUCCUAGCAAAGAAUUCGAUGCAAAAAUGCGAGAUGAAGAAGCUAGAAGACAAGGAGCAGCAGGAAGCAAGGGCCAGAAAUCUGACAUGGAAAGAAGAGGACGGCGGGAAUCUCGUGCUGUCCCGGCACCUGAUGCCAAUGCUGAGCUAGUUUUAUCAAUGCAGAAAAGACAUGGUCAGUCAAAUUCCAAGAGCCGGAGUGAGAAGUUUAAUCCCCAUCCAGAAGAAGUUGCUUCUGGCUUUCCAAUCGAUCCACCUAGACCAUCUCAUGCUGCAGAAUCAAACAUGGAUCCUCAGGGGCAUCAGCAUAAGAGAGCUUCCCAUUCUGGGCCAUUGUCUCACCGUGCUGCAUGGGCUAAGGCCAGCAGGAACCCUGAUGAUGCUCCUAAGAUUUCCACUGGGGCUGACUUGUCAACAAUGUCAAGCUUAGUGGCAGCACGGAGGAGUUUAUUGUCUGAAGAUCGCAACGAAAGGUCUGGCCUGGCACAACCAGAAGUUCCAAAACUAAUGGCAAGGUUUCCAGGAUCCUUCAAAGAAACCUCAGAAUCCUUCACCCAACAGGAUUCAAGGCAUCCGUCGCAGGGUGUUGCAGGUUUCCAUCAAAAGGAAGAUGGAAGAAAUAGCAGUAAAGAUCCAGUCCUUCUUGGCUAUGGGUCAAAGGGUCACAAAAUUCACUAUUCCGGUCCAUUGAUAGUUCCAUCAGGGAACGUGGAUCAGAUGCUGAAGGAUCAUGAUCGCCAGAUCCAAGAAGCUGUUAGACGAGCACGUCUUGACAAGGAAAAGGUUAGAAAAGUCCAGGCUGAAAGCAACCAAAUAUCAACCAAUUCAUUAUUUGUUUCAGGUCGAUGAGGCAAGCCCCCAAUGAGAAAGUAUUGCUGGGAAGAUCACUACAGAGUAGCUUGACUGGUGCUUUCCAUCUGUGAAAUAUGAGUUAAUAACCGUGGCUGGGGUUCGGUUUUUGUAUAUGUUCUUAGAAAGAUAGCUAGUGGCCAUUUUAGCUAUAAUAGCUUACUGAUAAAUCUCUCCCCUCUAUGCAAUUGAUCUUGUGUAUUUACUUUCCACUAUUACUGCAAUUUCUAAAUUAUUGGCCAUUCUUGUA